GAAGAAGAAGAAGAAGAAGAAGAAGAAGAAGAAUCAUCAUCAUCAUCAUCGUCAUCAGAGGAACGUGAAGGAACCUCCCUCCAACCGUGCUUGCACCAAUCCAAUGCUUCCUACAGUGCCCGAGGGGGACUGAACAAGUGCACACUUCGGGAGAGAUGAAACGGUGGGAGCUCAUUGGAAAUAUUUAUUUGUAUAAAGUGACAGUUAUAGAUAGCCGCUGUAGAUUUUUCUAUAGAGAAAACUGGGACCACUUGAUUCUCAGGAGCAUCAGUAAAAAUGAUACAAAAACGUGAACACUUGCUACUUGCUUUAGUAAUGGCUGGGGGAAUGGUUCUCUGCUGGCUUGCGCAUCGUGAGAAGACAUCUGUCUCUCUCAAUGAGGGUGUCAGUGAGGGUCCCAGUGAGUAUGUGGAGGGGUUAACAUGGCACCAGGUGCAUCACCAGGCUGUGCUGAAUCACAGAUUACAGAGUAAGCAAGCCAAGCUUAUGGAACCAGUGAGGACUGACGUGCUGACUGUAACCCCAUGGCUGGCUCCUAUAGUCUGGGAGGGGACCUUUGACCCCCUGGUCAUAGACGAGGCCUUCAGGUCCCACAACCUCACCAUCGCUACCACUGUGUUUGCUGUAGGGAAAUACACUCGUUUUCUCCGUGACUUCUUAGAGUCAGCUGAGAAGCACUUCAUGGUGGGGCUGGAUGUGCACUACUAUGUGUUCACCGACCUGCCCGGCGAUGUGCCUAGCAACAUUACUCUUGGUGUCGGCAGGCUGCUCAGCAUCGUGAAGGUGAUGAAGUUCGACCGCUGGCAGGAGAUAUCCCUCCGCCGCAUGGAGCUCAUCCAGACUGCCAUUGAGGAUCACAUCCACCGGGAGGCGCACUACAUCUUCUGCCUGGAUGUAGACAUGAGGUUCCAUGGCCGUGUGGGGUCCGAGGCGCUGGGGAGACUGGUGGCCGCCAUCCACCCCUGGUUCUACAUGUACCCCCGGAGCAAGUACCCCUACGAGCGGCGGACUGUCUCCACAGCCUCUGUACCCCAGGACCAGGGAGACUUCUACUACCAGGCCAACAUAUUCGGAGGAGCGCUGGAGGAUGUUCACAGGCUGACCAAGACGUGCAGGGAGCACCUGGAGGUAGAUAAGUCUGUGGGUGUGGAGGCUGUGUGGCAGGAGGAGAGUCACCUGAACUGGUACCUGGUGAAGAAUAAGCCCACCAAGCUGCUGUCACCUGAAUACGUGUGGGACGACGCUAGAGGAGGGAAAGCCAAGGAGAUUAAACUGGUCCGCUUCUCCUCUGUCAUCAAGAACAAGGCAGAGGUCAGGGAGAACCCAUGAGAGGAGAAGAGAAUGUUGCUGGAAUGGAUAGCAGAAAUGUUUUACGAGCUCCUGAUCAAUUCUGCUGGUUUGUGUGUUUUUUUAACACUGAUCUUAACUUUUUAUUUUAUAUAAUGUUUCCGCUAUCGUUUCCUAUGACCGAAAAGAUGUCUGGAUGUCCUUUGGGUGGUGGACCAUUCUUGAUACACACAGGAAACAGUUGAGCGUGAAAAACCCAACAGAGUUGCAAUUGUUCACACACUCAAACCGGUGCGGCUGGAACCUUCUACCAUACCUCGUUCAAAGGCAUACAUAAUCCAUGUUUCAAUUGUCUCAAGGCUUGAAAAUCCUUCUUUAACCUAUCUUCUCUCCUUCAUCUACACUGAUUUGUAGUGGAUUUAACAAGUGACAUCAAUAAGGGAUCCUAGCUUUCACCUGGAUUCACCUGGUCAGUCUAUGUCAUGAAAAGAGCAGGUGUUCCUAAUGUUUUGUUUAAUCAGUGUAUAGCUGGUUCUUCUUUGCAUCGGCAGGACAGAAAGGUUGCGUUGGGGAAGCUUUGGGGAAGGGUUGUGUGUGUCUUUGUUAACAACAGCUGGUCUGCCAUCUCUAAUAUUAAGGAAGUCUCAAGGUUCUGCUCGCCUUAGUUAGAAUACCUCAUGAUAAGCUGUAGACCGUACUAUUAAACUCUCUUCCAUCAA